AUGGGAGAUGCAGUGCUGGCGGCACUGGGGGCAGCAGCUCCCUUCCUGAGGCCAGGGGAACGGGAGCGGCUGGCAUCCCAGACCAGACCCUUCGACCCUCGCAGCGAGUGCUUCGUCCCCCACCCCCGUGAGGAGUUUGUGCGGGGGCGGGUGAUGGGGCGCCAAGGCGGUGAGGUCACCGUCCAGACCGAGCUGGGAGAGACGAUGACGGUCAAGGAGGCUGACAUCCACCAGCAGAACCCCCCCAAGUUUGACAAGAUCGAGGACAUGGCCAUGCUGACCUUCCUCCAUGAGCCUGCUGUCCUCUACAACCUCAAGGAGCGCUACGCCUCUUGGUUGAUCUAUACCUACUCAGGACUUUUCUGUGUGACGGUCAACCCCUACAAGUGGUUGCCUGUUUACAACGCUGAGGUGGUGGCUGCCUAUCGGGGAAAGAAGCGGAGUGAAGCUCCACCACACAUCUUCUCCAUCUCUGACAAUGCCUAUCAGAACAUGCUGACAGAUCGAGAGAACCAGUCCAUCCUCAUCACUGGAGAAUCUGGGGCGGGGAAAACAGUCAACACCAAGAGGGUCAUCCAGUACUUUGCCAGCAUUGCUGCCAUCGGCGACCGCAAGAAGGAGGCAACCAACAGCAGCAAGGGCACCCUGGAGGACCAGAUCAUACAGGCCAACCCUGCCUUGGAGGCCUUUGGCAAUGCCAAGACCCUCCGCAAUGACAACUCAUCUCGAUUCGGGAAGUUCAUCCGAAUCCAUUUUGGGGCCACCGGGAAGUUGGCAUCAGCUGACAUUGAGACCUAUCUCCUGGAAAAGUCCCGUGUAAUUUUCCAGCUGAAGGCUGAGAGGAACUACCACAUCUUCUACCAGAUCCUCUCCAACAAGAAGCCAGAGCUGCUGGUGGGUGGCAAGGCCCUCUCCCACCUGCCUCCACCCGCCCACCAGAGCGCUUUUGAUGUCUUGGGCUUCACUGCCGAGGAGAAGGCCGGUGUCUACAAACUGACAGGUGCCAUUAUGCACUUUGGCAACAUGAAGUUCAAGCAGAAGCAAAGGGAAGAGCAGGCAGAACCAGACGGCACUGAAGAUGCUGACAAGUCAGCCUACCUGAUGGGGCUGAACUCAGCUGAUCUUCUCAAGGGGUUGUGCCACCCCCGUGUGAAGGUGGGCAAUGAGUACGUCACCAAGGGGCAGAAUGUCCAGCAGGUGUACUACUCCAUUGGGGCCUUGGCCAAGGCUGUGUAUGAGAAGAUGUUCAACUGGAUGGUGGUGAGGAUCAACAACUCUCUGGACACCAAGCAGCCACGGCAGUACUUCAUCGGUGUGCUGGACAUUGCUGGCUUCGAGAUUUUUGAUUUCAACAGCUUUGAGCAGCUCUGCAUUAACUUCACCAAUGAGAAGUUGCAGCAGUUCUUCAACCACCACAUGUUCGUGCUGGAGCAGGAGGAGUACAAGAAGGAGGGGAUUGAGUGGGAGUUCAUCGACUUCGGCAUGGACCUCCAGGCCUGCAUUGACCUCAUUGAGAAGGUCUUCUCUUCCCAGCCCAUGGGGAUCAUGUCCAUCCUAGAGGAGGAAUGCAUGUUCCCCAAGGCCUCGGAUAUGACCUUCAAGGCCAAGCUCUUUGAUAAUCACUUGG